CUCUUCUCCUUCCCCGACAACUGGUACUCAUUUUAAUACCUUAAUACCACCGAAAUCAAGUUCACCAUUAAAAUGCGUAGCUUUUCGAUCUUCGUCAUUGCCGCACUCCUCGCGGACGUGUAUGCUGAUGCGGGCGACGACUACCCUGCGGCAACAGCGCCCUAUGCGGGCGAUGACGAGACCACAACGGUUGUUUUGGAGGGAGAGUCCCCGUGCGAGCCAGUCGUGACGCCAUACGUGCAGACCGUCGUGGCCAACAUCGUCAACACGGUGGUUGCAGUCAACACGGUGUACGAGGUGCAGACCAACGUGCAGCAGAUCCAAGAGACUGUCACGAACGUGCAGAUGGCGGGCAUUGCUGAAGACACCACCGAGCUGUAUCAGGUCACGCAAAUGUACGUGUGCCCGCCCCCCGCCACGGUCACGGUUGAUGAGAUCCAGACACUGUGGGUCACCGAGACUGUCACGCCCACAGUGCAGGUGGUCGAGACGCAGUACCAGCAGCAGGUUGUGCAGCAGGUUGUUACUGCCACGCAGCAGGUCAACCAGGUUGCGUACAAUGUCGUCACUGUCCAGCAGCAGGCAGCACAGGUUGUCGCAACCAAUGUCCACCCUGUUGUCCAGGUUGUCCAGGAGAACGUCCAACAGGUCCCGUAUGCUGCUGGAGUCCCUUAUGCGGGCGCCGUCGACUGUGAGACGCCUGUCUACGCUUAAGCUGCAUCGACCCACGUACGAUUAAGCUGUAGACCCCUUCCCCGUACUGUUAUUGUUGUUGUUAGUUCAUAUCCACCCCCUUUCCUAAUCAUCCGCCACCCAUUCCUCUCCUCCUUUCCCUCAACCCGCACUCGCUAAUACCCUUUCCAUCCCUAUACCCCAAUUACGCUACCCACAUCCCAUUUCCAUCACCAACCGACCAUUCCCUUACCUCGUUUACCCGUCAUCUCUAGUUUCAUAACCUCUUAAUUUCUUGACAUACAUACAUGUGAC